AUGCCUAAAACUAUAAAGCAAAAAAAUAACUAUCGCGUUAUUGAUUCAUACUGUAUAUCGAUUCUAAGUUUAAUAGAGUUGGCGACGAUAAUUAUAAUUACGUUCUCAAAUCGACGUUCCCUUCUACCUGAAAUUGUAAUUGCUAUUAAAGCACCUAGCAAUAAUAAAAAAGCAAAACCAUUUCCAAAUGCUUUUAUCACGUAUAAAAAAGCAUUAAUUAAAGAGAAUCGUAUUAGAAACAUUAAAUUACCUCCAAUGGGCCAACUUUCUAAAAUCGUAUCUCUUUAUUUGAAUGAAGAACCAGAAAACGUAAAGGAAUUUUACAGAAGUAUAUCCGAGAAAGCUAAAUCUUUGUAUAAGCAAAAUGAAAUUCAAAUCGUAUUUGAUAAACAUAUGAAUGAAGUUGAUAGUGACCAAAGAGGUACACAUUUAGCACAUUUAGCUGCGAUGGAUCUAAUUCUUGCGGCACAUAUGAAUUAUGCCAAUAAUACUCAAACUAAAGAAGUUGAGGAUAUGAUCCAUGCGCCAAAUUCAUCAAGUGGAUAUCUUACGAUUGAGGACUCUACCAUCGGUGUUAUGACUCCUUGUUAUGAUAACGGUACGACUAGCAUUUCUCAUGUUGAAAAUUGUCCCAAACAUAACUUUUUAGGAGAUCCUAACGAUCAAGAGUAUAAGCAAAUGCUGAUGCAAAUUAAUAUCAAUUUAUUUAUACACGACUUACGUCAAAAUUAUUUAUAUAACUAA